AUGCUAUUUCGCCCCAACAUGGUUGACAUACCUGACUCUGAAGUGGGCUCCACAUGCUCUGACAUUCAGCAGAGAGAGCACAUGGACUCACAAACAGCCAGCUCGGUGGAGACAGUACUCAGAGAUGCUCAAGCACCUGCAACAAAGCAGGACAUUCAAAAGCUUCUACUUAACAUGCGGCAAAUGUUUACGGCAGAUCUAGAUCUAAUUAAGGUGGAAGUGCAGGGGGUGACCGCCCGCAUUCAGUCUUCAGAAGAAGAUAACCUAGACACACGACAUGAAAUGUCAAAUAUGCAUGAAACCUUACACCAGGUACAGUCUGCACAAGCAACUAUGGCUCUAAAACUGGACUUAACUGAAGACCACAGCAGACGGGCCAACCUUAAAAUUAGGUGCAUCCCUGACACCGUCGACUCGAAUGAGCUCCCGCAUUAUCUCAGACGCGUCAUGGCAGAGUUACUACCUUCUAAUCAAGCUAAACGUGUUGGGUUUGAUGGAUUUUUCCGGAUCAAGAAAUCAGCGCAGGCCUCCUCUGCUGCCCCAUAG